CAGCAAGUUAUUGAAGAAGUGCAGUGAAAAGAAAGACAAUAUUUCGUAAAGAAAUAAAAUAAAAUAACAAAAUUGUGUUUUGUGAUAAUUUUUUCGUGUAAACAAACAAAACAUGCAGUUGAAGCUACAAGAAUCUAUUAUGGAAUUGAAUAAUUCUUCAUUUAUUUUCGAUGAGCCAAUGAAACCAAGAUUAUCAUCGAGAAUAUUUGUCGAUUCAGCCAAAAUCAAUUUGAAUCGUUAUUGGCAUAAAUUGGAGCAAUUGAUUUCCGACACAAAAAUCAUUAAGAAGAACAAGAAGAAGUUACGAAAGUUAAAAAGUGUCAAUCAGCAAUUAUUGAACAAUCGCAUUCAUCCAGCAGUGAAGCAAGAGGAAGCAAAUGUUAAGUUUAAUGAUGAAAUUUAUGGUUUUACAACUGAUAAAUUCCCUCAUCAACAAACUGGUAUGACAUCAAGUGAAAAAUCAGCUUACAAGUCAUUUUCUGACGAUCGCUCUUUAUAUCAUGGUGUUAAUUUGAAUGCAACGGUUCCGACAUUAAUGACAACAUCGUCAAGAUUGCCAGUUAAUUCGCCAUACGUGAUCGAUAAAACAUCAAUUAACUACAAUUACUAUCUCAACGAGAGCCAGCAGCACAAUGCAAAGAGUUAUCAUAAUAAUAAUAAUGAUAAUGCACUUUAUGUUCAGAAAUUGAACGAGAGCUUGAGACGCAAAGGAUACAAAUUUAUGUUGGCUGAAAUUGAUCGAGCAUCAUUGGAUAAUAUGUAUUUUAAGGGACAGUAUUUGGAGGAAGAAGGAUACUUAGUGUAAGUUGAAAUUAAGGAAAAUCAAAAUUACCAUAAACUAGGAUGUUCAAAUCAUGAACAACCAAAUCAUGCAUGCUUUAAUUUAGUAAUUAAGUAUCGAUGUCUCAGUAACUUAAAAUGAUGAUUAAAUUGUUGUAAAUACAGGCAACAGCUAAUUUGCUUACAGUUUUAUCUCUCAUUAAGUUACUGGAUAUCAAAACCUAUAAAUAUUACAAAUUUAAUCACACCUAAGGUAAAAUCAGCUUUAAUUGAAAUCAAACCUGACAAAUUAAUUCAUUAACUUAAUUAAAUCUCUCAUAAAUAAGCUAUAAUCUUCAAAUUAUUUUGCCUUUUUUCGAGUUAGUAAGAAAUGCAAGUGAAAAGAUAGAAAGACGUGCGAUCGUUAUGCCGCAAAUGAGCUUUAAUUAGUAAUUAAGAUGAGAAAAUUAUAAAGUAUAGAGAUCCCAAAAAUCCAUUCUUUAUUGCUGUUGCAUAAAGUUUUACCUAAUUAUGGAUUCAUUGGAUCGACAUUAAGCGAUAAUAAAAUGACUUGUGAUAUGACCCAAUGUGAUAUUAGUAGCCCCUGGGUCUUCAAGGUUAUUGCGUUAUGAUUAACACCAACAAUAAUAGAAUUGAGGAUUUAGAUAAAUCGUAAUAGGAAUCGUUGAUUAAAUUCAAUGUUAAAUUCAAUAGAUUAUGAUAAGAUGGAUAUUCUAUGUCUAACGCAAUGACCUUUUUAAUGUAAGCAGAUAAUGAAAAAAAUUUAUUUGAGUAUCAGAGUAUUAUCGUUGCUACUAAUUUCGUUAAUUUUAUAUGCAUAAAUUCUAUAUGCUCGCAAUAUUUUUUUACGUGUGCAAUAAAUAAUUUUUUAUAAUGUGAAAUUUAAGCCAGAAUGUUUGGAAAUGAGCAACAAUUAUUCUCUUCCGUUAUGUCUUCCAUGCUCAUUCUCAUAACAAUUCUGGAGAUUUCACAGUUACGUGCAAUAUUUUGUGAUAAUUUUUUAAUACAGAGAGAGCUUUUUUAUAUCUGUCUGGAAUGCUUAACUGCAUUAGACAGGCUCACAAAAUAUUCUGUGAUCAAACAGAAUCUUUUCCUUUAGAAUUAGUUAAAAAAAAUUUCAAAAUUUUUCUUAUUCCAUUCAUCGACAAAAAUGACUUAAUUCUCUCGUAUUCAAUUUCAUUGUGACCGUGAAGUUGAAUGAUGACAAGAAUUGGUUAUGCAUGAUGAAUCAUAUGAAAAUGGAAAUUUAAAUAGGCCGAUUAGUGUCAAUCAUUUUAGUUAUGUAAGAUAUGAGAAUAAUACUCAUUUUGAUUUAAAUUCUUUAGUUAUAAGGACCUCAUAAUUCUGUGAUAUAGAAUAAAAUAUUAGGAUAGUUAUUGACUGUGAUAUAGAUGAAUAAGAAAUAACGAUUCGCAUAAAUUUUUCUACUUUAUUUUCAUCUUGUAAAUCUUAAAAACUCGAGAAAAGGAAAAACAUUUACAAAUAUUGACAAAAGGAACAGAGAAUUAUAACACAAAAUCUAUUUGGCUUCCAUAAAAUAGUUCUUAAGUUUCACAAUUUUGUGUGCCUUUUUUUCCACAAAAAAAAUAACAAUUUUUUUCUUCUUAAAAAAAAUGUGUGUGCCUCAAGGAUUCAUAGAUUAUACGAGACUUAUUUGUUAGCACUUUAAGGAUUUGUUAGAAUAUUAAGACAUUUUUCACUACAUUUGUAAGAUUUGAAAAAAACUGUAUUUCAUAAUGAUCU